UCCGCGCUCCUGCAGUAGCUACACCAAAGGUCCUGGGACUGUUUCUGCAGAAGAGACUAACAGCCCACUUUUUUUUUACAAAAAAAGAGCUGGGAUUUAUCUCAGGGAUGGCAGCGUCGAUGUUAGAGGAGGAAGCUCGCUACGGAUCCAGCCCCCUGGCCAUGUUAACCGCUACCUGCAACAAGUUCGGGAGCUCCAGUCCGGUCAGGGAUUCGGCCACUCCGGGGAAAACGGGAAAUAACGCUCCGGGCAAGAAAGCGUACAGCCUCAGCUCCGACCUCCAGCCCCCCAAGAACAGCCGGGGCUCCGACGGGAUGGGAGACUCCUACUCGGGCUCCUUCAGCACGGGCAACGGGCUCCUGACCCCCACGGGCAGCCCCCCGCCCUCCGGCGGCUACGGGGCCGAUUACAACCCCUUCUCCCACUCCUUCCAGGCGUCCUCCGGCUCUCAGGACCCCUCCCUCCUGGCGUCCAAAGCCCACGCCUCGGCCGACUGCCUCACCAGCGUGUACACCUCCCUGGACAUGGCCCACCCUUACGGCUCCUGGUACAAAGCCGGCAUCCACCCGGGCAUCACGACCGCCCCCGCCAACGCCACCUCCUCCUGGUGGGACGUGCACCCCAACACCAACUGGCUGAGCGCCGCCCAGACCCAGCCAGAGGGUCUGCAGGCCUCCCUGCAGCCCGUCCCCCCCCAGGCCUCGCUGAGCCCCCAGCUCCCCAGCUACACGUCCGAGUUCACCUCCCUGAACCCCGCGCCGUACCCCGCCGUGGGACUGGGCACGUCGUCUCACCUGCUGCCCUCCGGCCAGCACAUGCUCCCCCAGGACAUGUACAAACCGAAGCCCGUGCCCAGCGGCUCGCUGAUGGAGAACCCCAUGGGGCUGAAGCCGACGCGGGGGUCGGGGUACGGGGGCGCCGCCCCGGGCCGCUCCUCCUGCGACUGCCCCAACUGCCAGGAGCUGGAGCGGCUGGGGGCCUCGGCCGCCAGCCUCCGCAAGAAGCCCGUGCACAGCUGCCACAUCCCGGGCUGCGGCAAGGUCUACGGCAAGGCCUCGCACCUCAAGGCCCACCUGCGCUGGCACACGGGCGAGCGCCCCUUCGUCUGCAACUGGCUCUUCUGCGGCAAGCGCUUCACCCGCUCCGACGAGCUGGAGCGCCACGUGCGCACCCACACGCGGGAGAAGAAGUUCACCUGCCUGCUCUGCAACAAGCGCUUCACCCGCAGCGACCACCUCAGCAAGCACCAGAAGACCCACGCCGAGGGCGCGCUGCCGGGCAAGGCCGGCGGGGAGGGCGAGGCCGAGCGGGAGGAGCCCAGCGGGGGCACCUCCCCGCCCGCCAACGGCGUGGCCGAGCCCGGAGUGGCCAACGGGGAGGAGAAGAGCGCGGCGGCGGGGAACGGCUCCGAGCCCGGGACCGGCCUCCUGGAGAUCUGAGCCCGCUCGGCGCACCGGGUCUGGCGCCAACGAGGGAGUUCGGCUUUUCAUACUACAACCAGAGCUACGUUGGAGGACGUGUACCGAGCAAGCCAGAGUCCACACAGAGCAACGGGCAGCCUGUCUGUCGCCCCUCUCCAGCCCGUGCUUUGUUUACCACCCCGGUCUGGCGCUCCGAGAGAAACUGGGCCGACGGGAGUGACACGCCGUUCCCCCCGGCGACGCUCAGGUUACGCUCUCCAGCCGACAUCCCCGCCAAACACGACCAAAGAAGCGCGCCCCACAAUUCCCACUCGCUCACUCACCAGCAACGCCUUCACACAUCGCAGUGGGGGCUCACGGGCCCCCGGCGCUGCCAGAGCUCACGCAGUCUUUUAAUGCUGGUGUUAUUAGGAACAGCUUUCUAAUUAAGUAACCUCGGAGUAAAUUAAAAACAUACUUCUGUGAAGGCAACUCAGAAAUAUGUUAUAGACUCUGAACAAAGCUCACGGCCAUUUUUGUUCAGGGGAAAAGGCGGCUAUGGGAACGUUCUGGAGUACCGCUCCCUGUGAAAAUCUCCCCCCCCCCAGCCGGGAAGUCCUCUCCUCUCUGUCCUGUGCCAUGAGACUGUGAUGCUGGAUGAGAGGAUUUCCCCCAUAUAAGGUGUCAUGGCGGUAAGGUAGGACAUCGGACUCUGUGCUCUGUGAAAUUCACUGGGGCAACACUUGCAACCUAGUCCACUUCAGCUGUCUUUUGUCCUGGACAUCCAUGAAACUAUGGCAACUGCUUCUGCCUUCAUCAGCGAUGAACUCCCCACCCCCCAGAAAAUACGUACAGUUCAAGCCUUCUGUGUAAGUGUAAGAGCAAAAGAAAGAUUAGAAUCGAGAGCCAUUUAGCCCCUUUAACUUAUUUGGAUGCCAGGUAACUAUUGGUACAAGGAUCUUGUCCAUCCUUUCCUUUGAUGGAACCCUGGGCUUCAGUUUUGGCAACAUGGCUGGGUAGCUUGUUCCACCCCCCCGCAACCCUUGAAGUACCUCCUCUUCCCACAGAUAACCUUGGUCAAGUAAUGUUAAAGUCUGCUACAGACCACUUUCGGUGAACAAAAGGACACAGGAUUUCCAAAACACACACAAGAACUUCUCAGCCCUAAUGUUGAGGAUCCCUGACACUUCAGAUCCAGUACGGGACAGCAGAUGUUCGACAAAAGGGGUUUCACAGAGGAGUGGACAGAGAGAGAACACAGUCAUUUAAAACCAUUAUCCGAAGAACAUACAACAUCAGACAGGUGAAGAGAUCUCAGCAUGGGACAAGUCAGUCAUUUUCCAAUGGACAUAAUAACAUUCCUCUUGAUUAUUCAGGACUAAAAUGAGUUCACUGAGCAUCUUUUGACAGUGUGAGGGUGGUGUGAAGUCACCCUGAAUGCGUGCCUUUGUGUGAAUGUGUGUCUCUUUCAACUUCCUUUUUUUAAUUUAAUUUUUGAGAAAAAAAAACUAUAAUAAUCUUAUUUAUGUGUUAAAUUAUGACCAGCCGUGCCUGAGAAGAAUAUUGUGAAGAAGAGGACCUUAGAUUUGAAGUUUUGAGAGACUAUGAAAGGCUUAUGAAAAAAAAAAACGUUUUAUAUUUAUCAGACUUUAAUUAUGUCAGUUUUGGAUAAUUAAUAAUGGAGGAGCAUGUGUGAUUUACAUCUUAUUUAAAUAUUUUGUUUGAGUUUGCUUUAUGUCAAAUUUGUUUUUUAAGUUUCCUUUUUUUAAAAUAACUUUUAUCUCGUAGUGUAAAAGAAUCCUUAUUGACAGAGUCUUGUUCUUUUUUUUAUUUAAACAACAGGAUUUUAAGAAGUCUGUCCUUUGUAGAUAAUUGUGCUAAUGUUAUUUAGUUAGCUUAGUUGCAGCUUUACAGAUAUUUAUUUGUUGGAAUCCAUGAGGGUUCAAGGAAGAAAUUUACGAGAACUCUUAAGAUGUGUAAUAUAAUCUCUCGCCUCAUUGUUUCAGCCUGACUUUGCUUUAUCCAGCAGUAUGUUUUUGUCUUCAGCCUCUUCCUUGAAAAUCACUAAAUUCCACAGAAAUGGAAGCACAUGUUUGCUUAUGCUGGACCCACUUCCCGAGAAUAAUAAAACAUGCAAACUGGUCAAUGACAUAGAUGAACAGCUAACUAUCAUGUUCAAGUUUGUUGGUGACGAUAUUAAACAGAGCAUAAUACACCGCAAAAACUUUAGUCACCUGAAGCUUAAGGACUAAGUUAUUCGGCUUAUGGCUUAUUCCAAGGCUACAUACACUUUCACCUUUUUAUAUAUCUUUUUUUAUAGAACUGAUAUUUGUGGCAUCUUAAUGUCCUUGCGGAAGAGGGCACAAGGUCACAACACAACAAGACGUUGUUUCUAAACCACUGAAAUAUUUUUGCUUUGUAUGUAGCUUCUUUUUAACUUCAGUUAGGCGGUGUAGGUGGAUAAGGGAUGCGCUAUAAAAAAAGUCUUCAGUCCUGGCCCACACAUUUCCACAACGGACCGCCACGUUAACUCCUUAUGGUCACUCAUCUCUCCAAGUUCUUAAUUGAUUUGUAAUGUGUUCAGCAACUUGGGGCAGAAGAGAGUUAAGUGAUGCAUUAGUUAUUAACAAUCCAGUGAGAUGGUAACUGACCCAGUUUAGUGGUUUCUUUCAAUAAAACACUGAACAGCAAAGAACAGCAACCUCACUGGCUUCAAAUAACAUGCAGUUGUCCAUUUAUUCUCCUUUCGCUCAGGCUCUUGACUGAUUUCUUUUCUUUAUUAGCUUUGCAGGUCUUGGCUGAUGUUUUGAAUCGUUAUUUAAAUUAACGUUGUUUUUUUUUUAAUGUAAACUUGAUUUAUUUUGUGUCCGUCUUAAAAUCCUAGAUGCAGGCACGCAUGUUUGUGUGCAUUUUAAUUCCUUGGGUAUGUUUUGCUUCCAAUGUACAGUAGCUCUCCUUUUAAAGGAAAAAAUGAUAGAAAAUAAAGUCUGACAGUCAUUUA